AUGAAUGUAAAACAAUCAGAAAUCUUGAAUACAAUGCAUCAUUAUGGUCCUACACGUAUACAAUGUUAUCUUUGUGAUUUACCACGUUAUCCAUGGGCAAUGUUAACAGAAUUUAGUGAACCAGUAUGUCGUGGUUGUGUAAAUUAUGAAGGAGCUGAUCGAAUAGAAUGUGUUAUUAAUCGAGCUAAAUUAAUGAAAAUGCAUUAUUUACCACGUAUUAAUUCUCAAAAAAUUAUUAAUGAUAAAUUAGAUGAAUCACAAUUGAAUAUACCAAUAACAACAACAGCAACAACAACAACAACAACAAUAGAUGAACGUAAUAAUACUUCUAUUAAUGAUUUAAAUAUAGAACAAAGUAAAUCUCCAUUGGAUUUAAACAAAAAUAAUUUAUUUAAAACACAAUUAAAUAAACAUCCUGAAAUCAAUCGAUUUAUUGAUUCACAUUAUUUAAAUAAUAAUAAUAAUAAUCAGAUAAAUGAUGAAAUUCAUAAGGAUUUAAACAUGAUAACAGGUAAUAAUAAUAAUAGUAUGAUCCAAACUGGAUCCGAAGUACCAUCUUCAACAUCAUCAACAAUUUCAAAUAAUAUACAAGAUGAUAAUCUAUUAAAUCAAUUAAAUGAAAAUCAACCUAAUCUUUCCAAUUAUGAUAAUCAUUUAAAAGAGAUUUUUAUGAAUCUAUUAAAAUAUUCAACAUAUUCAUCAUUAUUAAAUUCUAAUUCAUCAUUAUUUAAUAAUAUAAAUACAAAACCAAUUAUUUAUUUUAAUGAUUCUAUUGAUCAUUCUAAAUCAAUAAAUGAUCAUUCAAUAGAAAAUCAAUAUAAAUUUAAUUAUCCUAAUAAACGUAAUCUUAUAUCAUCAUCUAAUGAUAUUUUAUUAAAUAAUUUAAUUCAAUCAUCAUUAUUAAAUAUUAAUACAACAAUGAAUACAUCAAAUAUAAAUGAAGAAGAAAUCACAUCAUUAAAUACAAUGAAAUUAACUAAUAAUUCUAUUGAUUUAUUAAAUCAUUUAAAUUCUGAUUUCACAUUACAAUCAUCAUGGAAUACUAAAUUAUUAACAAUAUAUUUACAAAUUAUUAAUAAUUUAUUAAAAUCUAAUUCAACUAAUGAAAAUAAUCAAAUUUCAUUAAUGAAUAACACCAAUAAAUUCAAUGAUCAAUAUAAAAUAUAUUCUAAUCAUAAUUUAAAUAUAUCAGAACAAUUUCUGAAUUCAAUAAUUAAUGAUUCAUUAUUAUUUAAUGAAAAUAUUAAUAAUAAUAAUAAUAAUAAUGAAAAAUUAUCAAAAUUAAAUAUUAAUUUAAUACAAGCACAUUUAUUAAUUGCACAACAUUUAAAAUUACCAAUUUUAAUACGAUUACAUAAUCAACCAAUGAUUCAAGCAUAUUUUUUAGGAUUUAAUCAUUAUAAUACUAAUUUAAAAGAUUAUAAUUCUUUACAACAAAAUAAUUUAAUUAAUAUGAUGUAUUUUGAAUAUCCUAUUGGUUCAUCUAAUAUAUGUAAUGGAUUACAACAAUUAAUUAAAUUAAUCAAUAUCAAAUCUAUACAUGAUAAUUAUAAUAAUUCAAUUAAUGAUAAUGAAGAAAUUCAUUUAACUAUUAUUAAUCAAUUUGAAUAUGAAAUAGCUAGAGAUAAUAUGAAUCAAAUUAUAUGGGCACCAUUUAUUGAUUUAAUUUUAUUUAUUAUUCAAUUAAUAUCACAACCAUUUAUACAAAAACAUACAAAUAUUAUAACACAAUUAUUAUCAAAUAAUUUAUUAAAACAAAUAAAUAUUACAAAUGAUAUUAUAGAAGAUGAAUUUAAUAUAUCGAAAAAACGUAAAUUAUAUAAUUAUACUACUGAUAAAAUUAUCAAUAAUCAAUUAUAUGAUAUAAGUAAUAAACAACAACGAAUUGAUAAUAGUUCUAUUACAUCAUCACAUAAUGAAUUUAAUGGAAUUAAAAAUAAUGAUACUACUACUACUACUAAUACUACUACUACUAAUAAUAAUAAUAUAAAUCUAUUAACAGAUUCAUAUAAAAAAUGGAAACCAUUAAUACAACAUAGAAAAUCACCAAAUAAACGAAUAUUAUGUAAUUUAUGUCCACGUCAUUUAGAAGGGAGUCAUUUUGUUCAAUGUCCAGCUAACAAUGAACAUAGAUUUUGUUUUCAAUGUGCUAAAAUUUAUAUAGAAAAUAUAAUGAAUGAACAUCAAGUUCAUAGUAAUAAUAAUAAUAAUCAUUCAACGAAUACAAAUAUAAAUAUGAAUCAUUAUUUGAAAAAUUUAGAAAUUUAUUGCCCUAGUGGUAAAAAAUGUGUAUUACCUGGUUCUAAAUAUCCAUGGUCAUUUGUUAACUCAGAGAUUACUGCAAUAUUAGGUAAAACACAAUUAAUUAAUGAUCAAUUAUCUCGUUAUGAUCAAACAGAGAAUAAUAAUAAUAAUUCAGAAAAUAAAUCUACUCAUAAUCUAUUAAAUGGUAAAAUUAAUACAAAUUGUUUAACUAUUCCACGUAAUAGUAUAUCACAAUGUUCACUGAAUAAUCAAUAUGAUAGUACUGAAAUUUUAUCACCUCAAAAUGUAACUUGUAAAAAUUUAUCAGAAUCUCCAAUUAAAUCUAUAUCAAAUGAAACACAUUUAUUAUCUAGUAAUAAAUCAAUAAACGGAGUUCAUACACAAUUGAAUUAUAAUGAUAAUAAUCAAUCGAAAUUAAUGAAAUCAUUUAAAGAUAAUCAUGUAAUAUGUGGAAAGUUACGUCAUCAAAAACAUUCUACAUCAACAUCAUCAUCCUCAUCUUCAUCAUCAUCAUCAUCCCCGCCACCAUUAAUAUUGACGACGACAACGACAACAACAACAAUACCAGCAAUAACAACCUCAACGGACUUGUGUUCAACAUUAUCUUCAUCAUCAUCAUCACCAUCAUCAUCUCUUAUUAUUAAAUCAAAUGAAGUAAGGAAUAAACCUUCAUUGAAUACAGUAUUCACAACAAUAUCAACAUCAAUUGGACAAAUAACAGAGAAUAAUACACUUAAAAGUAAUAAUGAAUUAUCAUCUACUGAACUUAAUAAUACUUCAGAUGAUAAUGAUUAAUUUUAUUUCUAAUUUCUUUAUUAGAAAUCAUUUUAUUCUAUUCAUUAUUCAAAAUAUACAAUCAAAUUACAGAAUGAAUAGUAGUAUAUAAAUAUAUAUAUUAGUAGUAUUAGCAG